UACUUUUGAAGAACAACGUAUGCAUGCCAAGACAUGAAAUGGCCCUGCUCCACACCUCUGCACAUAAGGAUUCCAGGAUGUUAUGAAAACCCCCACCUCCUUUUUGACUCUUAUUUAAAGCCUCCAAAUCGGUAUUUUUCAUUUCCCACCCCACCAGUCCCCAAAUACCCUUUGGGGAUCCAACAGGCGAGAUCUUCCUCUGGUGGCAUUUCUAAUGCUACCUGUUGUUCGGUGAGCAGUCAGCUUGAUUGCUCGCUUGUUCUGAGGCUUCUGCUACCUCCUGAACCACAGGACGAGGCAUUCUUCAUUGUGCAGCCCCCUCCGAAGGUUUUUUUCAGGCCUGCAGCUGAAGGUCCCUUUACACACAAGCUGCUGCAUUGGCUCAGGCACUGGGCUCCAAUCCAUUUCCUGCAAAAGCUCUCUGCAUUCCCCCUUGCAUUUGCAUCCCAAGAGACAGAGGAUGCCUGAGUGUGUUGGUUGGACAGCAGCAGAGGGCUAAGCACCAUCACCUGGCUCACUCACACCUUCUUCCCAAAAAGGAACAGGGGGAGAAAGUAGUGUGAUGAAAAAAUUUUAGAAAAAGGCAGCCGUGGGAGGUGUUGGGGGGGAGAGGAUGCUUGAGGCUUGCUGGGCAUUGGUCUGUCAGUGGAUGGUGAGCAACAGCAUUGCAUAUAUUUAUGUAUGCAUGCUUCUUUUAUUUCAUUGUAUUUUUGCUUCUGUUCUCUUUCCUGUUUAGGUCAGUAGGUAUUAUUUCAACACACAAGUUCUGUUUUGCUUCCAGUUCUCUUCCUCAUCCCGCUGUAGGGGCAGCAAUCCAAGGGCGGUGUGGUGCUGAGCUGCUGCUGGGUUCACCUGCCACAGCUGGGAAGGGCUGGGUUGGAUGAGGGUUGCUGCAUUCCCUCAGAACUGGCCUGCUGUUCCUCUUGUCCCCACAGGCUGCCUGCCUUUCACCUGUGAUCAUCCUAGCCUGCAGGAGAGCAGCAAAUGGCCAGAGCACAUCCCUCCCAGGCUGUUUCCCCAGGCCACGGAAGGUUGCAGCAAGGAGCCUCUUUGCUUGCAGGAGCCCGUGACCUUUGCAGAGGUGGCCGUGUAUUUCAGCAGGGAGGAGUGGGCGCUGCUGGACCCUGCGCAGCGAGCGCUGUACUGGGAUGUGAUGCUGGAGACGUAUGAGUGCAUAGCCUCGCUGGGAGGGGAAGAUCCCUGGAUGCCAGAUGCACACAGCCUGAAGGACAUGGCAGGAGACGUGUGCCCAGGUGAUGGGAUCACAAAUUUAAAGGAGAAUCUGCAGGAGAGUGGUGUACCUGGAAGUCCGUGGGGUGAUCUCUCUCUUGGAAAAGCCAGAAGGGAAUCCCAAGGAGGCCUGGAGCAGGGGAAGCGUUUGAAGAAGCCUCUGGGAAAAUAUCCAGGAAAGAGAGUGAGGGAAAGCCUGGACUGCGGCAAAGGUCAAAAGCAGCCAAAAGAGCUGAGCAGCAAGGAAGUCUUCCAGAAGAAUGGGCAGAACCCAUGCAAUGGGGGUGGGAAAGGCUUUAAGGAUCGUUCCUACCUUGCUGUUCAUCAGCGCAUCCACACGGGAGACAAACCCUUCAAGUGUCACAAGUGCGACAAGAGCUUCAAGAGCAGUUCUCAGCUCGAUUACCAUGAGCGCACCCACUCAGAAGACAGACCCUACAAGUGCCCUGAGUGUGAGAAGGGCUUCAGAAGCAGUUCCAACCUCCUGAUCCAUGAGCGCAUCCACACCGGAGAGAGGCCGUUCAAAUGCUCUGAGUGCUCAAAGGGCUUCAAAAGAAGAUCCCACCUUGUGAUCCAUCAACGCGUUCACACAGGAGAGAGACCCUACAAGUGCACAGAGUGUGGCAAGGGCUACAAAACCAGUUCUCACCUCAUGACCCAUCAGCGCAUCCAUACGGGAGACAGACCCUACAAAUGCUCCAUUUGUGGAAAGGGCUACAAAAGCAGUUUUGAGUUCAAAUGUCACCAGCGUAUCCACACAGGAGAAAGACCUUACAAGUGUUCUGAGUGUGCAAAAGACUAUAAAACUAGUUACCAACUCAUGAUCCACCAGCGUAUCCACACUGGAGAAAGACCUUACAAAUGCCCUGAGUGUGCAAAGGGCUUCAAAAGCAAGUCUCAACUCAUGGUCCACCAACGCAUCCACACAGGAGAAAAACGCUACAAGUGCCCCGAGUGUGCAAAAGCCUUCAGAAGCAGUUCCCAAGUCGUGAUUCACCAGCGUACCCACAGAGCACAGAAAGCCUACAAAUGCUGUGAGUGUGAGGAGAGCUUCAGGAGCAAUUCUGACCUCAGCUCCCACCAGCACAUCCCCACAGGAGGCAAACACUGCAAGUGUCCUGAGUGUGAGAAAGACGCCACUUGUCAAAGAUUGGCCUAA